UGGCCGCGGCGCGCGCGGCGGGCCUGGCCGGCGGGCGCCGCCCGCCGCCCGGCGCUCGGAGCCGCGGCCUUCCGGCCGCCCUGCCUGCGAGAGGAGCCGAGGCCGCCGCGCCCGCGCCUCGCCGGCUCCCCGGUCGCCGCGCCAGCCGCGCCGCCGCUGCAGGAUAGCUAACAGCCAGGAGAAAUUUAGUGGAAAAUGCAAAACAACGAAAUUAUAAAACCUGCCAAAUACUUCUCAGAGUUGGAAAAGAGCAUUUUGCUUGCUUUAGUAGAAAAGUACAAAUAUGUGCUGGAAUGUAAGAAAAGUGAUGCGCGAACUAUUGCCCUCAAGCAACGUACCUGGCAAGCGCUUGCCCACGAAUACAACUCUCAGCCGAGCGUAUCGCUGCGGGAUUUCAAACAGCUGAAGAAGUGCUGGGAGAACAUCAAGGCUCGGACCAAAAAAAUUAUGGCCCAUGAAAGGAGAGAGAAAGUAAAACGGAGUGUCAGCCCACUUCUGAGUACCCACGUCUUGGGGAAGGAGAAGAUUGCCAGCAUGCUGCCGGAGCAGCUCUACUUCCUGCAGAGUCCUCCGGAGGAAGAGCCCGAAUACCACCCUGAUGCUGCAGCCCAAGAGAAGAUUCUUACUACUGGAAAUGUAAAGCUUCUCAAGAAAGCCUUGGAGUCACAGCUAGAAGACUCCAUGGAAUCAUUUGCUGUUUCAAAUAGAGAACUGUGCGAUGAUGAGAAAGAGUUCAUACAUUUUCCAGUAUGUGAGGGGACCUCUCAACCUGAACCCUCGUGUUCAGCUGUCAGAAUAACAGCCAAUAAAAACUACAGGAGCAAAACCUCUCAGGAAGGUGCUUUAAAAAAGAUGCAUGAGGAAGAACACCAUCAACAAAUGUCCAUCUUACAACUGCAACUGAUACAAAUGAAUGAGGUGCAUGUGGCCAAAAUCCAGCAGAUAGAGCGGGAGUGUGAGAUGGCAGAGGAGGAACACAGGAUAAAAAUGGAAGUUCUCAAUAAAAAGAAGAUGUAUUGGGAAAGAAAACUACAAACUUUUACCAAGGAAUGGCCUGUUUCCUCAUUUAACCGGCCCUUUCCCAAUUCACCCUAAGAACUUUGGGGGUGGCUCUCUUGUAAUUAAUCUGUGUUGGCAAAGAAAGUCUGGAACAUGAACUUGCGGUCAGUAACCUGUAACAGAGCUGCGACUAGGAACAUUAGAGUGGUAGUAGUCACUUAUUUAAGAAUACAUUCAGGUAAACAGCUGCACCCUAUGUACCCCUUAAGUGGCAAAGAAGCUGUUAUAGUCUUCUGAAAAUUAUCACUGAGUGCUAUAAUUCUGAAUGUAAUGUCUCUUAAUUAGAAUUCAUACAAGAACCAUGUGUGAGUGUUGUUGUUGUAUUUUUUUUUUUUAAUCAAAUGCAAGUGUGACUAUAAAGGAGUGUGGCUGAUUUUUUUCCUUUUUCUUUUCUUUCUUUUUUUAAAACAGCAGAACUUUUCCAUCAAAUGAAUGCCCUUCCAUUGAAACUGGCUGUCCUGGGAGGCCCUAGGUUUCUCCAGUAGUGAUGCUGUUGCUCAGAACUUGCUAGAGGUCUUUAGGGAACCUCUGUGAGAACUGCAGCGCCUUUUUAAUAUUUUUUUUUUUGGUGUUAUCCUCUGAGUGUGGGUUUUUUUGUUUUUAAACAGCCCAACAUUUAGGAGGAUAUUUUCUAAUGUGUCUCAUAAACUGCCUUUGAAGCCCUUUCCCCAAAGAGGAGUUCCGAAUAAUGCCUCCAACAAUGGUAGCUUUGUUGGAACUAAGGAUGUGACUACUUUGAAGGAGAAAUGUUCAUUUAGAUUUCCACGUUCUGUUAUGUUUGUUUUAUUAAAAAAAAAGACUUGCAAUUU